GGGGGAGUUUCACUUUGUGGAACCAGGACUGUUUGUACAGGGGAGAGACUCUGCAACCCUCAAACCAUAAGUUGAAUCAUGCCGCGACUCUUCUUACUCACCCUUGGCCUCCUACCGUGGAUCCCAGUCUUCCUCUGCGAGAUCACCACGGAGGAAGAGCUUGCAGUGCUGGAGGGUGGAUCGCUCACGAUCCCCUGCCACUACGAGCCCCAGUUCGCCGGCUAUGUGAAGUACUGGUGUCAGGGCAGGAUCAGGGAGUUCUGCACCAGCAUGGCUCAGACCGACGAGCUCCCUUCAGCUGAUACGUCCGAGGCCAGGGUGAGCAUUUCUGACGACCCGGUCCAACAGGUGUUCACAGUGACCAUGAGAGACAUGAAGGAGGCCGACUCGGGCUGGUACAUGUGUGGCGUGAAGAUCGGCGGGGUGUGGAGCACCGAUGACUCUGCUUUCACCCACAUCAAGGUCGUACACGGUAUGUCUAUCGUAAACAGCAGAGUGAGCGGAGAGGAAGGCAGCAGCGUCACAGUCGAAUGCCUCUACAGUGAGAAAUACAGAGAGAGCGAGAGGAAGUGGUGUCGCAGUGGAGACUGGAACUCCUGCCGGCGGACGGGCCCCGACGGGAGCUACGAAGACGCCUCAGUGGCCAUCAGCGAUGACAGAACUGGGGCUUUCACUGUAACCUUAAAGAAGCUGCAGAUGAGAGACGCCGGCUGGUACUGGUGCUCUGCAGGGCAGCAGAAGGUGGGGGUGCACGUCCUGGUCAGCGCACGGCCCACCGCAGCGGCAGUGUCGGUGACGUCCGCACCAACACCAAGUCCGACUGUUGAACACCUGCCGCCUCAGAAAUCCAGCGCCAACUGUUGGCACCGUCACAGCCGCGUGUGGGUGUCGGUGGUGGUGUGUUCCACCCUUCUGCUCCUACUCUGUGUGGCUCUGUUGGCGCGAAAGUUGUGGAAACUGCACAUGAAGGAUCCGUCGCUGAGAAAAUCUAAUGCGAUGACCGGAACUUACAAAGAAUUUGCUGGAGAAGACAUGCAAAGCGCUGCUGUCAUUAUCCUGAGCAAGGAUUCCCCACUUAUGUACUGAGAUCUAGCGAGUGUGAGUGGUUUCUCUCUGAAUGUAACUUGUACAAGACCCGAAUUAUUGUCUUCUGUUUCGUUCUGCUUCCAGUAAUCACCCAUCUUUUUGUUUGCUGCACUCUCAAUGCAAAUGGUAGAAUCUGCAGAUCUCACAGGCGUGAACUGCAAGGUUUAUCCGUCACGUAAAGUCUAUUAAUUAAUGAUAAAGUCUAUUAUAAUUCGAUGAGGUAUUCAGCUGAUACACACUGUCUUCUACUGUUUCAGCUUUUCAAUAAAUAAUAGACCUUAAAAUUUGCAUGUUUGACAUAUGUUUAGCAGAUUUUUACACAUCAUACUAAAAAUUAUGUCCUAUAUCACUUUAUAAAGUAAAAACACUUAAAUAUGCAUUUACGGUAUUUGGAUUUGAAGACUGGCAUCAUCAUGAUGAAGAACUAAAAAUUAAGAUAAUUACUGUUAGAUUAUCUUGAUAGAUAAAAUGUUCUGUGUUACUAAAAGCAUUUGCAGACCAGUUUCUGACUUUUGCAUGUUGACAUGACUUCAGUGUUUCAUUGGUAGCAUCAGAACCUGACAUGAACCAGGCAUGUUUAUUCUUUUAAUACGAUUUUAAUGUAUGUGUACGUUCAGUGCUUUUGGAUUCAGUACCUAGAGAAAAAGUUUCAGUUUCUCCCACCAAACAAUGGUAAAUGUGGGUUGAGUGGGGACCCGUGGGUGGUGCCAGCAGGGGAGACACAGAUGUGAAGUGGAAUGCAGGCUGUGAAUUAGACUCCACCAAACAGCUGUUGCAUUUUACAAGGAGCUUCUGAAAUUAUUAUUCAGCACGUAGAUGUUUCAGAGAUGCACUCCUCGGUUUGUUUAGGGCGAGCUGAUUAAUCAGUUCUGUUUAGAUGUCCGUGUUUUACUAAUUUUAAUGAAAUUAACAGUUUAUGCAAGCAGUGUUCUCUGUAUAGUUGUUUAUGUUCUAGGUUUUAUAAUGGUUUUUCCUCGGCUUAGUUAGGGACAUAAAGUAUAAACCCGUACAUCUUGCCCGCCUCUGAAGCCCAUGGAGCUGACAUGGGAAUACAUUUUAAUUUUUGUGGCUGUUAUAGCGACAACAUUUUGGCCAAUUAAUGGAUUCAGGCUUUCAUUAUAUGCUAGAAAAAUCAUACUCCAUGUUGUGUGGAAGUACAGAUCAUGGGAGCGUAGUGAUGAAAUGGAGCAAUUUGAAUAUACAAGAGAACAAAUGAAGACAGAAUGCAUAACAAAGUGUUCACAAAUUGGAUGAGAAGGAAAGAGCUUCACAUUUCAUGGCUGGACUGGCCGUCCUCAUGCUGAACCAUGAAUGAUGUGUUGGAAUUGUAAAUUGAACGAGCUAAUGAGACAGCCAAAAACAGCUCUGGAGCCCAGAGUCAGGUGAACCUUGAACACGGUAAUAUUAAUGUUUUGGUUUGUCCUCAUUUGAGGGGGAA